AUGCUGUUUUGGCACACGCAGCCGGAGCAUUACAACCAGCACUCGACGGGCAGCUACUUGCGUGAUGUGCUUGCACUGCCAUUCUUUAAACAAGAAGAGCCUCAACUUUCCCCCGAGAAUGAUACAAAACUCCCUCCGUUUCAAUAUGUGCUGUGCGCAGCGACAUCUCCUGCCAUAAAACUUCACGAAGAGACUCUGACUUAUCUCAACCAAGGUCAGUCAUAUGAAAUCCGUCUACUUGAGAAUAGGAAAUUGGGAGAGUUCCAAGAUUUAAACACAAAAUAUGUGAAGAGCAUUAUUCGGGUAGUUUUUCAUGAUCGGCGUUUGCAAUAUACCGAGCACCAACAGCUAGAAGGCUGGAGAUGGAGUCGUCCUGGAGACCGCAUCCUUGACAUAGAUAUCCCACUGUCAGUUGGUAUCUUAGAUCCCAGAGCAAGUCCCACCCAGCUGAAUACGGUUGAAUUUCUGUGGGAUCCAUCUAAGAGAGCAUCUGCGUUUAUUCAGGUACACUGUAUUAGUACGGAAUUUACUCCAAGGAAACAUGGAGGGGAGAAAGGGGUACCGUUCCGAGUACAAAUGGAUACGUUUAAACAGAAUGAAAACGGGGAGUAUACAGAACACUUGCAUUCUGCAAGCUGCCAGAUCAAAGUAUUUAAGCCUAAAGGAGCAGAUAGGAAACAGAAAACAGACAGAGAAAAAAUGGAGAAGAAAACCACUCAAGAAAGGGAGAAAUAUCAGCCUUCCUAUGAUACAACCAUUCUCACUGAGUGUUCCCCAUGGCCAGAUGUGCCUUAUCAAGUGAACAACACUCCAUCUCCAAAUUACAACAGCUCUCCAAACAGUUUCAGCCUUGGAGAUGGCAACAGUUCUCCAACUCAUCAGGUGGAGGUCCUGCCUUCCAGCAAUGAUCAUCUCCUUCCCUCUGCUUCUAUUCAAGAUGCUCAGCAGUGGCUUCAUCGAAAUAGGUUUUCUCAGUUCUGUAGACUAUUUUCAAGUUUCUCAGGUGCCGACUUACUGAAGAUGUCCAAAGAAGACUUUGUUCAGAUUUGUGGCCCAGCUGAUGGCAUUCGACUUUUUAAUGCCAUUAAAGGAAGGAAUGUAAGGCCUAAGAUGACCAUUUAUGUCUGUCAAGAACCUGAGCAAAAUCGGUCUCAUCUUCAUCAAAAACGAGAGAAUGGAGAUAGUAAUCUUUGUAUAUACCAUGCUAUCUUCUUAGAAGAGUUAACAACCCUGGAGUUGAUGGAGAAGAUUGCAAACUUGUACAGUAUUUCCCCACAGCAGAUAAACCGGAUCUAUCGGCAGGGACCUACAGGGAUCCAUGUGUUAGUGAGCAACGAGAUGGUACAAAACUUUCAAGAUGAAUCUUGCUUCAUCAUCUCUACAUUGAAAGCUGAAAGUAACGAUGGCUACCAUAUUAUUCUGAAAUGA